AUGGAGCGACCAGAAGGCUGGGGCCUCCUAAGCGAAAAAGAAGAAAAUGAACUCCACAAAGCCCGACUCCUCGCCGUAGAAGAGAAGGCCUACAAGCGCAUCACCAAGCGCAUCAACACCCUCUACCGCUUCGCAGACCCCAUCCUCAUGCGAGAGCCAGAAAAUCACCCGUCCCAAAAAGAUGACACCUCCAGCCCAGCCCCUACUCCCGCCGCUGUCCCCGAUGUCACCACCCCGAGACUCGACUACGCCCGAAUGUACCAAGACAUCACCCUCGACUUCGCCGCCUUCGACAGCAGCAUGGAGCGCCUCCAAUUCCUCUUCACCGCCAACGAAAAGGACAGGCAACACUACGCCCAAGAGCGCGAGCGAAUCAAGCGCGACAUCACCUCUGUCCGCGCCAACAUCAUCCACCUCAAUCAGAAAUUGGAGCAGGCGAAAGAGACGCAGGAGCAGCGGAAGCAGUUUGACAAGUUGGCGGAUGAGAUCACAAAAAAUCCAGCUUUGCGCGCUCGGGAGGAGCAAAAGGCGGCUAUAAGGAAGCUGCAAGAUGAAAUUGCCGAGCUCAAGGCGGAGAGUUCUACCUACAGCGACACAUGGGUCGAACGCCGCAAUCAGUUCUCUAGGAUCAUGGAUGAAUCUAUGGCACUUCGGCGGUUGAUCAGGGAUGAGAAGGAGGAAGUUGAGAGAAGGGAGGGUAUGGAUGAGUCGAAUGAGGCGGAGGCUGGACAGACGCCUAGGCCGGGAACGCCUGGCGGGAAUGCUACCCCUAGGGGGGAGAGCGGACUUAAGAACUCGAUUGAGGCUGGGGAUGUGGUUGGCACUCCUAGGGCGAUGUCCACGGCGGGUGGUAGGACGCCCGCUAGGGAGAGUCCGGCGCCGUCGACGCAGGAUAAUGGGUCGUUUUUGAAGCCGGGGAAUGCGCUGGGGGCAAGCUUUGGGAGUGGUGGGCAGAGUAGGGAGGGGACGGUGGAGCAUAGGACUGAGCAAGAGGAGCGGGAGGGGAGGGAUCAGGGUGAUGUUGAGAUGGAGGAUGAGCCGCCGAGGGAUGAGGAGUCGGAGCCGGAUAGCCCUCUGUCUCCCCCACCAGCGGACUUGCCUCAGAUUUUGGUGGACGGACAGGGCGAUAGUAUGGAUACCACAUGA